AUGACUGUUCCCUCAACAGAAUCGGUCACCCCGGAUUUAUCACAAAUUAUAGUGAUGUUGGAAGAAGCUAAAGAUGACAGGAAGCGAAUGGAGCAGGAGAUAAGUAGGGCGUUUGACUUUGUACAUAGUAAGAUUGAUGAUCAAAAAAGUAUCUUGGACAAUCUUAUCAAAAACAUGGAGAUAAUAGACAGUCUUCGCCAAGAAAAUGUUAAUUUAAAACAACGGGUAAUGGACCUCGAAACGAGAGUACAAGAACCGGAACAAUAUACCCGAGCUAAUACGGUGGAAAUACAAGGUCUACCGGAAGAGAAAAAUGAAGACGUUUAUGCACUGGUAACAAAAGAUGGGGCAGCUCUGGACCUACCGUUGACGCGCAGAGACAUAGAUGUAUGCCACAGAUUAGGCAAAAAAAAGGAUUCCAAUCAACCUGCAUCCAUCAUCGUCAAGUUUGUACGUAGAGAAGAUAAGCUGAACUUGCUACAGAAGAGAAGAACUAAAAGAAAUUUUUCAACCGAGCAUCUAGGAUUUCAACAUCCAUCUUCUCCGAUGUAUAUUAAUGAAAGUCUCUCUCCUACAAGAAGAAAGGUGUUCUCAUUGGCUCGUCAAAUACAAAAGGACAAAAACUAUAACUAUCUUUGGGUCCGAAAUGGAAAUAUAUUUAUAAGAAAACAGCAAGGCGAUCCAGCUAUAAAAAUUUGCUCGUUGGACGUUAUUGAAAAAUUGUGA